AUGAAUUAUAAGCACAAAGUGUCACUACUGUCCUCACUAAACAGCCAACAGUAUGCUUUUGGGUGCACUGAGCUGAUGCCUGAAGCCAGAGUGAAUGGGGAGUCUAAAUCUGAUAAUCCCUCAGUUUCUACAUACCUGCAGGCCUUUCAAAAUGAACAAGGGAAAAUUGGAGUUGUCUUCAAUAUCGGCACCGUGGACAUCUCCAUCAAAGAAGAGAGGACCCCUGUCAAUGACGGCAAAUACCACGUGGUGCGCUUUACCAGAAAUGGCGGCAAUGCCACACUUCAGGUGGACAACUGGCCAGUGAAUGAACAUUAUCCUACAGGCAACACUGAUAAUGAACGCCUCCAAAUGGUAAAACAGAAAAUCCCCUUCAAAUAUAACCGGCCCGUAGAGGAGUGGCUGCAGGAAAAAGGCCGGCAGUUAACCAUCUUCAACACCCAGGCUCAAAUAGCCAUUGGAGGGAAGGACAAAGGACGCCUCUUCCAAGGCCAACUCUCUGGGCUCUAUUAUGAUGGUUUGAAAGUACUGAACAUGGCCGCUGAGAACAACCCUAAUAUUAGAAUCAAUGGAAGUGUUCGGCUAGUGGGAGAAGUCCCAUCAGUCUCGGGAACAACACAGACGACCUCCAUGCCCCCGGAAAUGUCUACCACUGUCAUGGAAACCACCACCACUAUGGCUACAACCACCACCCGCAAGAAUCGCUCUACAGCCAGCAUUCAGCCAACAUCAGAUGACCUUGUUUCAUCUGCUGAAUGUUCAAGUGAUGACGAAGACUUUGUCGAGUGUGAACCAAGUACAGGAGGUGAAUUAGUUAUUCCUCUUCUUGUAGAAGACCCUUUAGCUACCCCUCCUAUUGCUACACGUGUACCCUCCAUUACACUCCCCCCUACCUUCCGCCCCCUCCUCACCAUUAUUGAGACCACCAAAGAUUCCCUGUCCAUGACCUCUGAGGCGGGGUUACCUUGCUUGUCGGACCAAGGCAGCGAUGGUUGUGAUGAUGAUGGCUUGGUGAUAUCUGGGUAUGGCUCAGGGGAAACCUUUGACUCUAACCUGCCCCCUACUGAUGAUGAAGAUUUUUACACCACCUUCUCCUUGGUAACAGAUAAGAGUCUUUCCACUUCAAUCUUCGAAGGUGGCUACAAAGCACAUGCGCCCAAGUGGGAAUCCAAGGACUUUAGACCUAACAAAGUCUCGGAAACUAGUAGAACUACAACCACAUCUUUGUCCCCUGAGCUGAUCCGCUUCACAGCGUCCUCCUCGUCUGGGAUGGUGCCCAAAUUGCCAGCUGGCAAAAUGAAUAACCGUGAUCUCAAACCCCAGCCUGAUAUAGUCUUGCUUCCGUUGCCCACUGCCUAUGAGCUAGACAGCACCAAACUGAAGAACCCACUAAUCACUUCCCCCAUGUUCCGUAAUGUGCCCACAGCAAACCCCACGGAGCCAGGAAUCAGACGGGUUCCGGGGGCCUCAGAGGUGAUCCGGGAGUCCAGCAGUACAACAGGGAUGGUCGUCGGCAUUGUGGCUGCUGCCGCCCUCUGCAUCUUGAUCCUCCUGUACGCCAUGUACAAGUACAGGAACAGGGACGAGGGGUCCUAUCAAGUGGACGAGACGAGGAACUACAUCAGCAACUCGGCCCAGAGCAACGGCACGCUCAUGAAGGAGAAGCAAGCCAGCUCCAAGAGCGGCCAUAAGAAACAGAAAAACAAAGACAAGGAGUAUUAUGUGUAAACAUAACGCCUAUUCGUAUGUGAAUUUAAAACAGAUUCAUAUACACACACCUGAGUACUUUGACAAUGAGACUUAACUUGUCGGAUGUGUUCUGUGAGACGGGGUACACCACGACUAUGGUGGGGAAAACCAUUUUUAAAAGGACACAUACGAUGGUGUAUCUCUCUGUAAAGUUCAGCCAUGCUGCGAGAUUGCAGCCAUGGCGCUCGGAGACAGAAAGUUCUCUCUGCCCUGCUGUAUCAUAAAGCACAUGCUUAGCGCCCUGGAGCAAGCCCAUGACUCCAUGCGACUUUGGAUGCUUCCUUCUCUCCAGGACCUUUUGACAGGGGUAGAAGACAAUAUGACUUACUUGUUUCAUAACUGCAAGUGAGUCUGUGAUGAUGUUUGUGAAUCUUGACUGUAACAAUGUUGGGUUAUUUUUUGUUUGUUUGUUUAAUUAUGUAAAAAAAAUAAGAAAAAAAUGAGAAAAGAAAAAUGCUUUAAAAAAAUCAAAAAGAAAAUAAUACAAAAAACCCAGAAAUAACCUUUAUCAGAUUCUGGCCAAUGUGAGUGUAACUUUUCAAGAUCUGAGGGGAAAAUGGCCUUUGGGUUUUCACUUAUUUUUUUGACAAUGACUGCACAUAUGAAGAGAAAAAAAUACUCAGAAAACAAAAUGUAUGAGACUCUUGCCAUAUGAACUCAAAAGGUACCAUGGCAUUCACUCCACGUAGCAGGUUGUAGUAUCUCUAGAAUCUGUUGUUUGUUUCCUAAUGCUUUGAUGAACCUAUGGGGUGGAUGAUGAUCUAUUUGAAAAGUGGGUCCCCAAGAUCUAAUUUCAAUGUUUGCCACUCAAACCUCGAACAGACGGGUUUGGGGCCGGUUUUAUCAGAGCUAUUGGUUUCACUUAACAAUACUGUCCCUGUCCAUCGACCCAAAUUGUGUGAAAGGGGAGAGAGAAGCCCCACAAAUGGAAGCAGAGCCUUUCCAAGGGAAGGGCAGGGGGUGGACUGGAUCCGUGAGUGGUCAAAAUGCAUGCAGAUAAAGAAAAGACAAUACUAAGGUCUGUUUCAACAGACUGCAGGGGAGUUCCCAACUUGUAACACAACCACAAAUGCUCACAAGGAGCCAUGUCAUGGCCAAGUGUGAAAGUCAGUCUUUCCCCACCCCCAAUGUGAUAAUGUUUUCCAUAGCGGUUUGAUUUUGUAGCCUGAUGUGAAUAAAUCUCUUUCCAUCUCCUUCAUGUCGCCCUUCACCCAUCUUUUCUAAAAACAGAUAAAUAAAUGAAUAAAGCUGCUGUGACACACAAAAGGAAUUUAAUAGUAUAAUAUAUAUAAAUAAAUAUAUAUACAGAUAUAUUUAUCAUGGUAUGUUUGAUGGGAUGACUGACACAGAAAUCUGUUCAAGUCUUGAAGUGGAAUGAGAAUGUUAUUUUAAAAGAAAAAAAUAACAAAACAACAAAAAAGCGAACCUUAAAAUGUGAAGAAAGUGUGAGUUUUCGUUUUGUCACAGUUAACUGUGUCAAAGAGAAUUUAAACAACAACAACAAAAACUUCUCAGAUUUUGUUUACAUAUUUUACUACAUUUUUGCUGGUAUAAUUCCUUAGUCACGUAUGUACAUACCGCUUUAAGAACUGUUAUUUCCUUUCUCUCUGUUUGUUUGUUUUGUAUCCCAUUCUGUCUCCUUUUUAUAAAGAGGAAACAAUGUACAGCGUAACAAUAAACUGGUUUUGUGGCCAUAGCCAUUCAAACAGCAAGAAGAUAAAACAAGACACAUAUUCGCAUAAAGGUGAAGUGUGUCCUCUGGAGGGGCAGACAUAAAUAUGAUUUCUUUUGUACAGAUGAAAACCAAUCAGCCGUCUAGAUUUAGAAAUCUACUCUUGCUGGUCUUUGUAAGUUGCAUGAAUAUUUGACUUUGAAAAAAAAAAUCUUAAAGACAUGGGGCAGAAGGCACAGUCUAAAACAAUGGUAGCCUUUACUGAUGUGUAUGGAAAGAGAUGUUCCUCCUUAUCUGAGAUUUCAAUGUGUUAAGAGUUCUCAUUUUUGUUGUAAUUAAAAAGACAGAAUUAUAAAAGGGUGUCAAAGCACGAUUAUAGAUCAAUGGCCCAGCCUAUAUGAAGUUGAUUAUAGAUCAAUGGCCCAGCCUAUAUGAAGUUGAUUAUAUCUCGGUGUUUGUGAUGGAUUGCUGUUCUUGGAGUCUUGAGGUCUUGUGAACUGAUCUCCUGCUUUCUUUCUUUACAUUUUUUUAAAAGUCUGAGUAAAAACUCAUCUGUUUAUUCCUUUUCGUGUAAGUUUCUAUUUGGACAAUUUUACGGGAACUUGUGCAUUCUGUAUGUGAGCUUUCAUUGUUUUCCUCGCAGACCCUCAAGGAAUUUCUUUCAUGAUGUUGUGAUGUUCCUGCUUUUUCUUUUUCCUUUUCACGUUUAUUUCCCAUUUGCUUUUUCGUUCAAGGAUAUGCUUAGCAAUAAAAUGUUCUUC